GACACUUAUGUCAUCCAAAUUUUGUUUCACCAUGAAAUUAUGGAUUCAAAUGUCAUCCAAAUUCAUCAAACACGUGGGCACAUGUGCAUGUGUAUUUUUGUGUUUUCAUCUGAUUUUUAGUAGAACAGUUAAUACAGUUUGUUGUGGUCAUUUUCCUUUUAUGGAGAAGGUUAGCAUUUUUGUGUUACAUUUCUCUGGUAAAGAUUGUCAUCUAAUAUUCAAAACUGGAUAAUUUAAUUAUCAGAUGCCAUUCUACAUAUACAAAUACAUUUUGGUCUGUGCCUUCUCACAAAUUUUCAGUUACUUUAGGAGUGGGGUGAUACAUUUAUCAACAAGAUGGAAUAUGCUUGCUUAUGGAUAAGGUUGUGGUUGUUUCAUACAAUAUACUUGGUGUUGAAAAUGCAUCAAAGCAUCUGGAUUUGUAUUCUAAUAUUCCACAUAGUUUCUUGGAGUGGAACAGGCGGAAAAGGCUCAUACUUGAAGAGAUUAAUAACUAUAAUGCCAGCAUACUCUGUUUCCAGGAGGUUGAUCAGUUUAAUGAUAUGGAUGAUCUUUUCCAAAACAGUGGAUUUAAAGGUGUUUACAAGGCUCGCACAGGGGAAGCACAAGAUGGAUGUGCUGUAUUUUGGAAAGACAAGUUAUUCAAUCUUUUGCAUCAAGAAGAUAUAGAGUUCCAAAGAUUUGGCAUGCGUAAUAAUGUUGCCCAGCUUUGUGUUUUUGAGGCAAACCAUGAUAAAAAAGAAUUUGACUCGUGUAACGUAACAACAAUGGCGCCAUCCUCUGGAAAAAGAAGAUUUGUAGUAGGAAAUAUACAUGUGCUGUUCAACCCAAAUCGUGGUGACAUCAAACUGGGCCAGGUCAGACUUUUACUUGAUAAAGCUUACAAGUUGUCGCAAGAAUGGGGCAACAUCCCUGUUAUUAUUGCUGGGGAUUUAAAUAGUGUUCCACAGAGUGCCAUAUAUAAAUUUCUGUCUUCGUCAAAGUUAGACAUUCAAUUACAUGAUCGCAGAAAUAUGUCAGGGCAGCUUGAAGUCCAGACAAACAGAAUCUUCAGAUCACAGAUUGGUGAUGGCACUAGCAUUUCAAUGUCUGUUUCAAGGCAAUUGCUAUACAGAUGGAGUUUGGAAGAACUAAGACUUGCAACUGGGGCAGAAGGAGUCACUCAUCUUCAGCACCAGCUCAAACUCUGCAGUGCUUAUAGUGGUGUUCCUGGAAACCACAGAACAAGAGAUAACAUUGGAGAGCCCUUGGCAACAUCAUACCACUCCAAGUUCAUGGGAACUGUUGAUUAUAUCUGGCAUUCCGAGGAUCUUAUUCCAGUUAGAGUUCUUGAAACCUUGCCCAUUGAUAUUCUUAGAAGAUCUAGAGGACUCCCUAGUGAGAAAUGGGGAAGUGACCACCUAGCGGUUGUAUGUGAAUUGGCUUUUGUAAACAACGACAAUGUAUCCUGAUUGCCUCAUUAUGCAAUUCCAACCCUGUGCUGAAUAUUCUCAUUCUUAAAAUCAUCUACAAAGAGUAUGUAUGAGGACUGAGCAUUAAGCUGAUUAACAAAUAUGGAGAUUGAGGACAGUUUAAGCAUUGCUGCCAUUGAAAAUCUCAUUGAAUCGUAGCAUUGAUGUCCAUCUCUAUCAGUUUUUAAGAUUUCUUACUCUGAUGAUUCCUUACAUGGUAAAGUAGCCUGUAAGCUCUAAACCGUGAAUUUCACCUGAUAAACAUCAUGCUGCAACAAAUCUGCAAACCCUCCUUCCUAGCUUUGAUGUUGCUUGGAACUUGGAAGUCCUCUAAGAUUCAAUUCAUCGAGAACUUUCUGCGUAGUGAGCGUGCUAGGUAACCUCUCGUUUCGAGGUUCAUAGAGCAGUUGGUGUGUAUCUAAAAUAUUACUGGUAUUCCUAGAUAGAUUGGCUGCCAUUGUUACUAAUCUUCUGGAGAGUUUUCUUAAUAUAUGCAGCUCCUUCAAAUAGGAAUUCCAAUUCUUCAAACAUCAUGUGAAAUAUUUUUCAGUUACACAUUGCAGCUCCUAAUUAUUAUACUUAAAAAGUUUAGUCA